AUGAACGAUUUCAAGCCUUCAUCUGAUUUUAGUGAAAUCCAUCCGAUUGAGUUGUCUAAUCAAGUGGGUUUUGAUCAAAUGUCUAUAAACGACAGCCAAUCAAGAAUCAUUUUCAGAGUUCGGAAGAAUAGUGAUUUUGGUGGCGGUGGAGUAGAUAAAGAAACCCCUUUUCAGAAACAAGAGCUCAAGUUUUAUCAAAGAAAGCCUAAGAAUCUAAUGGAGGAGACAAAGAUGGGAGCAGAAACUGUGAGUAACAAAUCAGAACUUAAUAAUGGUACUACUUGUUUAGAAUGUGGUAAAAAUUUUAGUUCUUUGAAAUCAUUAUAUGGUCAUUUAAGAUGUCAUCCUAAGAGAGAAAAGAAAAUGAUUGUUGAUGAUCGAAACAAGAAUUCUCCAUCUAUUUCUGGGAGAUUAUUAGGUUGUGAUUGGUUGUGUUCUUUAUCUGGAUGGGUGAUUACUGGAAGGAGAGGCAGAAAAGGUUUUCCAUCUGCUAUUGAAAGAGAAGCCCUAAAUGGAUUGUUGAUGCUUGUUAAUGGGAAUUCAUUGGACCUUGAGAGGAAGAGAACAAGGUACCAAGCAGUAAACAGAGAAAUUUCACGGAAAAGGUCAAAACUUGACGGUGAUAAUGGGGGUAUUGGAAUUGAGUGUGGAUCAAAAUUGAUGAAUGUGGAAUCUAGAAUGGAGAAAUUGGAUGGAUUUGGAAAAGUUUUGGGGAAAGACAUACAGGUUGAUGAAGUUCAUUUGGGUAAUCCAACAUAUACAGGAUGUGUGAUUCCAGUGUAUUUGUCUUCAAGUACUGGAAACCUAACGAAGAAGUUCAGUCAAUAUGGUAUGAUGAAUUGCAAUAACCAGACAACAAUGCGUAGUACUAAUGCAGGGACUUUGCAUUGUUAUCAAGCUUUGGGGUGUCAUGAAUCAAGUGUGAAGGCAGAAGUGGAAGAAUUGUCUAUUCCAGAAAGAAAUUUGACCCAGGCCGACUAUGAUGUGCAGAAAUUCAAUGCCUCUACUAUUAUGCAGAACAAUGUCAAGACAUAUCCGUGUGGGAUCUGUGGUAAGUCUUUUGCAACUGGGUAUGCACUUGGAGGACACAAAAGGGCACAUCGGAAUGCACCGCGAAAGCAUCUCAGUACGCCAUUUCUUGAAGAAGCCCUAGCUGUGGGAUGA